AUGGACAGUAGCGAAGGUUUGGAUGAUAAGGACAGCGGUCCCGAAGUUCAACUGAACUUUCCAGCGUCAGUGAUGAGCAGAAUUGAGGAGUUGAUGGGUGGAACAGAACAGUUUGACAGUGAUGAAUUUGAUGCUGUAUCUUACAUUAACAAAGUGUUUCCUACGGAACAAUCUCUGUCUGGUGUGGAGACAGCUGCAGCUAGAUGCGAGUUUCAUCUAGCAGCUGUCCAGCAUGACAUAAGACGACUUGUACAGGCUCAACAUGAUCAGAGAAUAUCUGGACAUGAAGCUCUUCUUGAAGCACGGAAGUGUAUCUCUGAGUUGGCUUUGCAAGUUACAGAUAUAAACAAGAAAGCAGAGCGAAGUGAAAGUAUGGUUCGUGAGAUAACAUCUGAGAUCAAACAGCUUGACUGUGCCAAAUGGAACUUAACCGCUGCUAUCACUGCACUGAACCAUUUGCACAUGUUAGUGGGCGGGGCUGCUGCAUUACGCACACUAGCACAGAAUAGACAGUAUAAAGAGCUGGUAUUGCCACUUCAAGCUAUUAUGGAGGUACUACAACACCUAGAAUGCUAUCGAGAUAUUCCAGAACUGAAUAAAUUGCGAGAUGAAUUGCAUACAAUUCGGGCUGACCUUGCCACGCAGAUAUUGGCUGAUUUCAAACAGUGUUUUACUGGUGGAGGCAAAAGUGGUGUAUCUCAUCGUACACUGAGCGAAGCGUGUGGAGUGGUAGACGUCCUAGACCCUAAGGUCAAACAGGAUCUGCUUAAAUGGUUCAUAUCCCUUCAGCUUCAGGAGUAUGAGCACCUAUUCUCCAGUGAACAGGAACACGCUUGGCUUGCGCACAUCGCUCGUCGUUACGCUUGGCUCAAACGACAUCUCUUAUCUGUGGAACAGAGCCUUGCCAACUUGUUCCCAGCACCAUGGCGGCUCAGUGAGAGAAUUGCGCACCAAUUCUGUAAGAUAACUCGGGAUAACCUCACGUCUCUCAUGUCUACGCGGCGCAAUGAGCUGGAUUGCAAACUUCUUUUGUAUGCGAUUCAACAGACGCAUAACUUUGAACUCCUGUUACAUAAGCGGUUUAUUGGCACUGAGCUAGGCUCAGAAACAGUGGAAACACACAACAACAAUGAAAUAUCCUUUGAAGAAUAUAUUGAGCAGAAUGUAGAAGAUAUGACGUCACAAAAGAGCCCGUGGGUGGGACUUGUCGGGGGUUGCUUUGAAGCACAUCUCUCGCUGUACAUAAGUAGUCUUGAUACUAAUCUACGAUCGCUGAUGGAUCGAUUCAUUCAGGAAGCAAAAUCCAUGGAACUUAGUGAUACAGCAGAAGGAAGCGGGUCAGGUGGGGUUUUGGCAAGUUGUGCCGAUUUGUUUCUAUUCUACAAGAAGUGUUUGGCACAGUGCGCCAGACUGUCUACUGGGGAACCAAUGCUAGAGUUGGCGGGUGUUUUUGGGAAGUACCUUCGUGAGUAUGCAAGCUGUGUACUCCAAAGCGCAUUACCUCGAAAUUCUGGAUCUAACGCCAGCGGAAACUCCACUGUGAGCCUCUCGACGGUCCCAAAUAUAGUCACUAAUCUUCACACAUUCCUAAGAGAUGACAGCACUGUCAGAUAUACAAAACAGGAAAUAGCAAAAAUAACAAGCGUUAUCACCACCUCGGAAUACUGUCUUGAAACAACUGUCCAUCUCGAGCAGAAGCUAAAAGAAAAAAUCACUCCUACCCUGGCUGAAAAGAUAGACCUGGGCCCAGAACAGGAUCUAUUCCACAAGAUGAUAAGCACCUGCAUUCAGCUUCUCGUUCAAGAUCUGGAGUUGGCUUGUGAACCGGCUUUACAAGCUAUGACGAAGAUUUCCUGGCUUCAUUUCGACAAUGUUGGAGAUCAAAGCUCCUAUGUCACACAGAUCAUUAUGCACUUAAAGAACACAGUUCCUAUCUUACGGGAUAACCUUGCAUCUUCGAGAAAAUACUUCACUCAGUUUUGCAUUCGGUUCGCGAAUUCCUUCAUUCCAAAGUUCAUACAAAAUGUUUAUAAAUGCAAGCCCAUAUCUACAGUUGGAUCUGAGCAAUUGUUGCUAGACACACAUAUGCUUAAGACAGCAUUAUUAGAACUACCCUCAAUUGGCUCUGAAGUGAAGAGGCAAGCGCCCACAACAUACACUAAAGUGGUGAUCAAGUUAAUGACUAAAGCUGAAAUGAUCUUAAAGCUUGUUAUGGCUCCAUUAGACAAUAAUUUGGACGGUUUUGUAUCUCAAUUUCUGCAAUUGCUUCCAGAAAGUACUAUAGCUGAAUUCCAUAAGGUUUUAGAUAUGAAGGGCGCUAAGCUAUCUAAGACCCAACUUGGCGCGCUUGAUGCCCUGUUUAAAGAAACCUCGAAAUCAAACAUUUGUUUGAUACUGAGUUUAUUCGAACACUGGCGCGGAGGUAAGCGAAUAGUUAAGGCAGAUACCGAGGAUCCCAAUGCGGAGCUCGAGAGAGAAAUUCUUGACGAUGAGAAAAGAAUUAUCCCUGGUUUGGGAGAAGGUGGUGCCGCGGCACAUUUGUUCGGUGAAGCGAAACGCCUGGGAGAGGAAUCGGAAAAAAAAUUAGCCAUCAACGUGUAUCUAAGCGAUAGGAUCCCGUACAAUCGCAGUUUGAAUGAUCAUAGAAAUCCAGCUUGCAAAAGAGUCUUAUAUGACGCUGAACUGCCCUCAGCAUCAGUUAUUUUAAUAUUCCACAAUGAACCAUAUUCUGUGGUGAUACGGACUAUAUGGAGUGUAGUUAAUAGUGCAAGACGUGACCAGCCGUGGUAUAGAAGAGCUAACUUUGUGGACAGAAAUACUGGAGCCACAAUGAAUUUAGGGUAUCCAGGACAGGACCCUUCAUCACCCUUUGUAUAUCUAAAAGAAAUUAUCCUCGUAGAUGAUAAUUCUACACUUCCUGAAUUAAAGGGUAAACUAAGCCAUUACAUUCGAACAAGACUACCUCCAGAUCUCAUAAAAAUUCUAAGACUGCCUGAUCGGGUAGGUGUAACUCAAGCUCGUUUUGCGGGUAGUCGGGUAGCAGUGGGUGACGUCAUGAUUUUCUUAGACUCGCACUGUGAAGCGAAUGCUGAUUGGCUAAGACCACUGCUUCAGAGAAUAAAAGACGAACGAACCGCCGUACUCACACCCAUUAUAGAUAUGAUACAACAAACUACAUUUGAAUAUCAAGCUGGGGACAGGAAUUUUGAGGUUUUAACUUCGAUUUCAAAGACUUUUGGGGAUAGUUUCAAAUAUGGCAGUUCCUAG